AUGGUCGACACUGCAAACAGCACAAAUCCAAGAGCGGGAGCGGGUGUUCUAUCCGUUCUGUUUUUUUUUUGGAUGAAUGACGUGUUGAAACUGGGAAAUAAGAGGUCGCUCAGUGAUCAAGAUCUGCUCCCUCUACUUGAAGACCAAAGAACUGAACUUCUCGUAGGAAAAGCGGAAAAGAAUUGGCUCAGAGAAUUAGAGGAAAGGCAAUUAAGAAACAAGAAACCACGCCUAUGGAAGGCAUUGGUUGCCAUUAUUCCUAGGAGAUCAGCUAUGACAAUGCUAACUUUGCAAGUUCUCAGGUCUCUGAGCUUUUCCCUGCUGCCAUUAUGUCUGUGGCUUUUGUUAAAAGUUUUAAACGAUGGAUCAGAACUAAACACGAAGUUCGCGUUUUCUUACGUGGUACUCUUAGGUGCAAUGAGUGUGGUACAAGCUGUCACAACACAACACUAUGACUACCUUACAGAGCUGUGGGGACUGAAAUUAAAAGUGGCGUUAAUAGGACUUGUUUACAAAAAGGUAAGGUAGUUUAUUGUUUAAUCAAAUAAUGGAGUAGCUGUAACCAACUAGGAGAGUUGGCAUUUCUUGGGAUGAGCUGGAUUUCUGACUUUUUUUUUUCUGUGGGACAUUUAGAAUCUCUGAAUACGGUAACACCAACAGUAGCUAUCUAACAUCAGCACAUAACCGCAUGAAAAGUGAGAAAACAGCUAUAAUAUUCAAUUUAUUCCUCGACAUGCUAUGAGAUGAUUUACCCGCACAACUGAACACGUGACAAAGCCACCGCAUGCAUUAUGGAUAAUUUCGAUUUACUGCUGAAUUUCUGAGUCUAUAAGGCUACGACCAUUUAUGUUAUUAAUCACAGUCAAUGUGUCAAUUUUAAAUCUUUCUUACGAGUUAACAGAAACUGAUGGAAGGAGCGAGCAAAGUAGUGACAUGGAAAGUCCGAUCGAAACUCAGAAAAUGACUUAAUAUUCUGAGUAAUAUUGCUAGCAAAGCUACAAUGCAUGAUUUCGUACGUACACCGAAAGAUUUCAUUUGCUGAAAUUCCGCUUGAAACGCCUCGAUCCCACAGAUCCUAAUGUCCUUUUUGUCUAUAAUCAGAACGUGAACCCCACUCUUUUCAGGUUGUUUCAUUGGAUCGUUUUAGCCUCGUAAAUAUAACAUCUGGAAACACUAUAAAUCUGGUAUCAAAUGACGCACAGAAAAUAGAGAAGUCUCUGAACCAAUUGGGCAUGGUGUUAUCUGCUCCGUUACAGCUGGUGAUCAGUAUUCUGAUCUUAUGGUACCUGGUCGGUUGGGAAGCUCUCACUGGUCCGAUCGAAACUCAGUGAUUUCACAAUGCAAUAUAUUUCGUAUUCUGAUAUCGAAGGAUUUUAUUUUCUUUCCGCUUGAUGGAUCCCACCCCAAUGGUCGAAUUUGUUGGUUGUUUCAUUGGAUCGUUACAGCCUAAUAAAUACAGCAUCUGGAAACACCAUAAAUCUAGUGCUGGUAUGUUUUGGGCAUGGUGUUAUCUGUCUCGUGGCGUUUCUGAUCUUUGGUAUUGGUCGGUUGGGAAAAUGUUUUUCUGUCCAGCCUAAGUUUUAUUGAAAAAAAGCUGCCAGCCUUCUUUCACAGACGAGCGGCUGAUGGUAAUGAAUGAAAUUAUCUCUGGAAUACGUGCAGUAAAGAUGUAUGCCUGGGAGUGGAAUUUUAGAGAUCUUGUGCAUGACCUUCGCAGGUAAAAAGAAAAAAAAAUACGUGUAAAUAUGUUAGAAAGGGUAAAUGGUUUGAAGCCAGGAGUAGUAAUGUGCUAGUCUGAAGAGGUCGAUGAGUCUUUCGUCACAGGAAGUUAUCGUUUAGUUUUGUUUUGUUUUUUCGCAGAAAGGAGAUGUCCAUUAUACGCUUAAAAGGUGUCAUAGUCGCCAUCUUAGUCGUUUUGUACUUCACAACACUUCCGAUCGCCUCUCUCAUCUCGGUAGUAACAUUGGCGUUUACGGGGACACAGUUAUCUGCAUUUACGGUAUUUACUCUGCUUUUGGGCUUAACAACAAUCAGGGCGACAUUUUGCUACAAUUUGAGUAUGUCUAUGCAAAUGGUCGCAGAUGCUGUAGUCGCACUGAAUAGAAUUCAGAUGUUUCUUGAAGAACAGAUAUCUAAAUAUGUUGCGAAACCUGAAGGAUCCCGAGAAAACGAUGAUUGGCUUUUGACAAAGGAAAGAGUUAGAAAAUAUGGAUUAGUAAAUCCUAUCUUCACUCUCCAGGAAAGUGAUACUCACCCUGGGGGAACCCAAGAUCAAAAGAAUAACGGGCUCUCGACAGACCACAUGAACUUCGAGGACGAGCGCCCUGAGAGCUCGAAAAGUAAUCUGUCUGUCAAGUUAACUAGCUACAAGAGACGAAAGAGCUCCUCAGGCAACUCACACCAAACAAGCACUCACAACUCCCCAACCAUAAGCACUACAGAAGUCCCCUUUGAUGACACACCUUACUUGCCCCGGGAUAGACCGGAUUGGCUAACUACUCAUGGAACUGUUGGAGAACAUCAAGGAAAUGCCUCUCACUUUAAAAAGCCGUGCCUCUCAAUCACUGAUGUUUCUUGCUCUUGGAACCAAAAGGAUCUACUCAAUACCUUAACUGGCAUUACUUUAGACAUCAUAAGUAGCAAAAUCCUCGCUAUAAUAGGUGAAGUUGGAAGUGGAAAGUCCACCCUGUUACAAGCUGUCCUUGGAGAACUACCUCUUCACGAGGGAAAGAUUUCUUAUCAAGGCAAGAUAGCCUAUGCUCCUCAAGUACCUUGGGUAUUCUCUGGAACCAUAAGAGAGAACAUUUUGUUUGGACUUCCAUUUGACGAGCAGAAGUUUCAACAUGUUGUAGAUGUAUGCGGUUUGACCAAAGAUUUUACGGAUCUCGUCCAUGGUGAUCUCACAGAGAUCGGAGAGCGAGGAGCAACCCUCAGUGGUGGUCAGAAAGCGCGGGUGGGAUUAGCACGGGCAGUUUAUUCAGAUGCCGAUAUUUACUUACUUGAUGAUCCAUUAAGUGCAGUGGAUACUAAAGUGGGAAGGAAACUUUUCGAGGGCUGUAUUUGUAAUCAUUUGUCUGGCAGCAUACGUUUAUUAGUCACUCACCAGCUGCAACAUUUGAAAGGUCUGGAUCACAUCGCUGUGAUGAAAAAUGGCUCAAUCAUCAAUGAGGGAACCUUCACGGAACUUAAACAAGACGAGAUAUUUUCUGAUCUUGAAGAAUCGUUCAAGCACCAUGGGCCCGAGCAGAGACGAAAAAGCUCGCUGAGUCACUUUCAAUGUAGCAAAGAAGGACAUAUCGCGUGGACGACGAACCGACGUCUAUCAUUGGUUUCACCUACUUUCUUGAAAACUGCAGAUGACUUCCCAAAUAGCUCAAGAAGAGUAACUAUGUUUGAUUUAAGGGGUACAAAGCCCCAAAGAAAAUUGUCCACCUCAAAUGUUCUCUCAAAAUGCAAAGGUAACAAAGAAACAAGCAUCUUGGAAUUUGAAGGUAAUCGAGAGUUGUCUACAGUGGGGGAGAGAGAUCGUUUUCACCUUUCAGAAAUGGAACCAGUGCCCAGUGUUCCCGAACAACCCGUUGUUGGUAUAAAAGAAGACGAAGAAAAUUUGAUGUCUGGCACUGUCACCUGGCGACUUUAUUGGAAAUAUUUCAAUGAGGGUCUGCCACUGCCCAUGAUCUUGGUUCUUGCAGUUUCCUUGAUAGCAGCACAAGGUAACGACAGUUUUCAUUGAAGAUACUGUGUCGUGGGAGGCCCGCAUGAAUUCUUUUUUCUAUCAUCAGAAACAGGCAAUUUUAAAAAAAGAAACAAAACACUUUAUUUUCACCAAAGAAAAUUCUGCGUUCAGACAUUUUCUAUCUUCAAAAUCAUCAACCGAGUUCCUGGAGGUUACGGAAUAAUUGUCUAAUACAAAAUGUCCACAUUUUUGUGAUAAAGUUCAUGAAUUACAAGCAUGCGCACAUAUGUAAACGUAUCGCAUGUUCGAGGUCCCUUAGCAUGUUAGGAGUUUUCUGUUUUUUCUUAGCAUUUGAGUCUUAUUGACCUUGAACUUUAAAACACGACAAGGAAGUGAAAACCAGCGAGAGGUUCAUUCACGACCCUCAAGGGAAAAGAUCGCUUUUAUUGCCAAUUCAACUUACGACAGUUUUUUAACAGAGAAGUUGAAUUCCAAACUAACGUCAAGAUCCUUUCUUCAAUGGCAUCGUCUUUGGCCAUACAUUAUCGUUCAAAUAACUAUAGAAAAAUAUUAAAAUAAAUCUAAUCUACAUUAAGGAUUUGUAGGGUCUUGAUUUUGUACCGAACGCCUUCUUUUCAUCAGGUCAGGAUUAAGACUUCUUUUCUAAUACUUGAAAUGUUUCAGUUUCCCUAAUAGUUCCAAACUGGUGGUUGGCUAAAAUUGCUGAGAUGUCAAAUGAAAAGCAGAAAGUCGUGGACACCCAUGUUAUUUACGCCAUUCUGGUUGCUGUGUCAAUCAUUAUCAUGACAGCAUCGUCUUUCUUGCUCUACUACAUUCUCCUAAAAGCGUCCGAAACCCUGCACAACAAAAUGACCAUGGCGACAAUCAAGGCUCCUGUGUUUUUUUUCGACACAAACCCAGCUGGUCGUAUCCUCAAUCGAUUCUCCAGAGAUGUUGGCUGCAUGGACGACGUUUUACCGCCUCUGUUCUUGGAAGCCAUCAAGUUUUCCUUAUUCUCGCUAUGUGCUGUUUUGGUUCCUGCUGCAACAAACUACUGGCUUUUCUUGGCCUUGCUUCCAAUCAUUGCAAUAUUUGGCUAUUAUGCGCGUUAUCAGUUGAAGUCUUCACGAGGACUGAAAAGGAUCGAGGCAGUCAAGUGCAGCCCUGUAUACUCACAUAUUACAGACACCCUAAAUGGACUUGAGAUAAUUCAUACUUCAAAUAUGGAGGACACCUUUAUACAAAAAUUUUACAGGUUAGUUCUCGAGAACUGCUGUCAACAGUUUGAAGCUCGACUGCAAAUUAUUAUCAUAAGCUCUUUCCUUUUGUUAAAAGAUUUUACCCUUAAUUAGAAUUGUUACCAUCAAAGGUUCAACACAGUUUGACAAGGUUCAGCAUAGUUUGUCAAAUUUCUGGCCUUGAAAGUGGUUGCGAUUGCUUAGAGGUUUGAGCUGUGGUAGCUAAAUUACGGUUUUUUUAAAAAACGGAGGUUAUUUACAUGCAGUUCGCUCAAUGGAAGUUGUUUUCCUCCUUUUCGCUGCCUGUUCCCAUUUCAAUCAGAAUUCAUUCGCUGUAUUUCUUUCUUAUGAAGGUAUCAGGACGAGAACACACAAGCUUUUAUCAUGGUGAUAUCAUGCACCCGCUGGUUGAGUAUUCGCUUGGAUCUGAUGUCCAGUUUGUUUAUUACGAUUGUCGCAUUAACUGCUAUUUUGGUCGUAGAAAAUCCUGGUGAGUACACGCAAGCAAUCGCUCUGACGAAGGGCUAACGCUCGAAACGUCAGCUUUUUUACCCUUUACGGUGGCUAAUUUACGUUUUCAACCCAGUUGUUAACACUAAAUUACCUGCUAUACUCUCCCACCGACGCAGCACCACAGUUUCUUUAGAAACUUACCCCUUUAUUCAUUUGUUGAAACAAUGCGGGAAAAAGUCUUGUUACAAUUUUUUUUCUCCGCCUCACUUAAGAGAUGUGUACUGAACGAUAAAGUGCUUUUGAAUUCCAUUUGGCUGGUUUAGCUCUCCUUGGGUAUAUUAGGAAUAUAAAAUGCCACACAAAGCUAGCUUGGCUACAGAUGCUAAAUUGUUAAAACCGUCAGGCGAUUACUUGCGAGGUUACCUAUCUUGUGCCCUCCUUCUUGCCUCCCUCAAAUAUCAAUUCCAGCAGUUCCAAACCAGCCAACUUAAAUAUCGCAGCUUAUUUUAGAGACUUUUUUUUCUCAGUAUUGGCUGGACUCGCUUUAACGUACGUACUGCAAUCUCUGGAUCUCACACAAUAUUCUGUACGCCUGGCCUCAGAAGUAGAAAAUCUGAUGACAUCAGUUGAGCGAGUGAUGUCAUAUGCAAAGAUUGGCUCUGAGCCCGGUUACAGCAUUGAAACCCGCCCCCCUCAGUCGUGGCCCGACAAAGGAAGACUGAAAAUAAAGCAACUUUCUUUAGCCUACCAUGAAGGCGGACCUUGUGUAUUAAAGAACAUCACCUUUAACACUUGUGAGAAGGAAAAGAUUGGAGUUGUGGGUCGAACUGGCGCUGGAAAGUCAUCUCUGGUGUCUGCUUUGUUCCGUAUGCCAGAACCCUCAGGGAAGGUAAUAGUAUGAAACGAUGCAAAUUAGCUUUAUUUUUUACAUUCAAGUCACACUGGUUUAGAUUUGGGAAGAAAGCAGCAAGGCUUAGGCACCUUGUGACAGAAAUGUCUCAGUUAUAAAAUAAGUUUGUGGAACGAUUGGUACCCUUUUACGACAUGGAUCUUAUUACAACCAUAUUUAUACCUGCAGGUAGACAUAUGCUGAACUGUAAAUUUCCUACAAUCCAUAAUUUGUAUUUCAUCUGUGCAGGUGUUCAUCGAUGGCGUUGACAUUACGUCUAUCAAUCUCCAGGAGGCUCGGCGGUCCAUGGUCGUUAUAACACAAGAUCCAGUGCUCUUUGCUGGAACAUUGAGAAGGAACUUGGAUCCAUUCAUAGAGCACACAGAUGCAGAACUCUGGAUGGUGUUGGAAGAAGUGCAGUUGAAAGCUCUUGUGGAAGAUCUCCCAGGUCUGCUCGAAUUCAAACUGAAAGAAUCCGGAGCAAACUUCAGCGUUGGUGAGAGGCAGCUGAUCUGUUUGGCUCGAGCUCUGGUCCAGAAGAGCAAGAUCAUCGUCAUGGAUGAAGCCACUGCCAAUGUAGAUUUCAAGACUGACCGACUGAUCCAGCAGGUUAUUCGUCACAAGUUUAAAGACUCCACGGUGCUGACCAUUGCUCAUCGUCUGAACACUAUCAUGGACUAUGACAAGGUUCUAGUUCUUGAUGGUGGACGAUUAGUGGAGUUUGACAAACCCAAAGUGUUGUUGAGAAACGGUGGAAUAUUCGCUGAAAUGGUGAAGAGCCAGACCCAGAGCAGCGAAACUAAAAACUGAUUCUCGUUGUCUGGUUUCCAUUUUUCUUUUCUUUCUUUUACUUAAACAAUCGAAGAAUUUUCUUCUAUGCUAUGUGCUGGAAGCCUACACGGCAGAACCUUAUUCUUUCGCAAGGAAUUUUUUGACACAUUUUACUCGAGGAUACCCUGUUAGUAAUCAUUUGUUUCACUCGAUAUCAUGAGGAUAUCAAAACGUUGUACGCUUUCAACGUAUUUCAUUAACUGUGCAAUAUUAACAUUUCAAAUAAUUUGCAAGAGGCAAAUGAUAAUCAAGCCGGCUUUUGCUUCAAUUACCAUAGCUAUUUGUAAAAAACUUUUUUCAUGUGAUUAUUGUGUAAACCUUAAUGGGAUCACUAUGGUAGCUGACGUUAUUUAUCUUUAACUCACUCCAGUUCGAUGCAAAUUAUAGUAACAUUUAACAAAGUUGAUCAUCGUAGUUAGAAAUUAUGAUUAGAGUAGUUGAGACAAUAAAACCUACUUGACCCGAGCCUCGAGUCCAUGGCACUCCUUAAAGACCUGAAAGGCGUGUAGCUAACUAAGUCAUCAAGCCCGAU